AUGGCAUCUUCUUCUAAUAAUAUUGAGGAAAUGAUGGAUAACUACUUUGAUGAAGCACUUGAUAAUUAUUUUGAUAAAGCAUUCGAGAAUCGAUUUGAUCGAAGAUUCGGUGAUCAGCAAGAAGCAACAACGGAGAAGACAAAACGAUCCUACAUUGAAAGAGACCGUGAAAGUGGUCACAAACGCUUAUGGGAUGAUUAUUUCAGUGAAGAUGCAACAUAUUCUCCUCGCCUCUUUUGUCGCCGUUUUAGAAUGAACAAAAACUUGUUCUUGCGUAUCGUUGAACGACUCUCCGCUGAAGUUCCAUACUUUCGACAACGAAAAGAUGCUACUGGAAGAUUAGGUCUCUCUGCACUACAAAAAUCUACAGCAGCAAUUCGUAUGAUGGCAUAUGGUUGUGCAGCUGAUGCGGUUGACGAAUAUCUCCGACUUGCUGAUAGCACUGCGAUAUUAUGCUUGGAACAGUUCGCUGAAGGAGUCAUUAAUUUAUUUGGAGAUGAGUACCUCCGAAGACCCACAGUAGAAGAUCUUCAACGACUACUCAAUAUUGGAGAGUUGCGCAGAUUUCCCGGGAUGAUAGGCAGCAUAGAUUUUUUUGAUGACGUAUUACAAGGUAUAGCUCCUAAAGUGAAAUUCUUUGUCAACGGACGAGCAUAUCAUAUGGCUUACUAUCUUACAGAUGAUAUUUAUCCUAAUUGGGCUACUUUUAUCCAAUCAAUUCCAAUGCCCCAAGAUCCAAAAUCAUCCUUAUUUGCUACAUCUCAAGAAGGCACACGUAAAGAUGUCGAGCGUGCUUUUGGCGUCUUACAAGCUCGAUUUGCCAUAGUAAGAAAUCCAGCUCUUGUCCAUGAUAAGAAACUUUAA